GAAGCAUAACGGCCGAACGUUGGUGAAUAUUGACAAAAAUAGUAUCUCAUAACAGUUCAGCUUUCUUGAUAGUUUAUCUUUCUAUAAAGUGAGUGAAGAUGGAGGAAGCCCCGGAGCAGGCAGUGACCGACAGCGGCAGCGGGAACGCUUUCAGCCAGUACGUCCGGCAUCACCUCUUCCUGCUCUCCAGUCUGCUCUCCGUCGCCUUGGGGAUUGCAUUUGGCUAUAUAAUGGAUUACUACGUGGAACUGACAGACAUGGACAAACUGUACAUCGCCUUUCCAGGAAACGUCCUCAUGAGGAUGCUGCAGCUGGUGGCGGUUCCUCUCAUCGUGACCAGCGUCAUUUCAGGAGUGUCUGGCCUGAGUGUUCACGUCUCCGGUCAGAUCGCUCUGCGUGCGGCCGUGUACUUUGUCGGGACGACAAUCAUUGCUGUGAGCAUAGGGUUAUUCUUGGUGCUGACGGUCCAGCCUGGAGCCGCCUACACUGUCGAGAAGGAGGAGACAGAGCAGGAAACUUUCUCCACCAUCGACGCCUUGCUGGAUCUUGUGAGAAACCUGUUGCCAAAGAGUAUCAUCCAGGCUUGCUACGAGCAGUACAAGACCAAGAAGCUGCAGUUUGUAGUUCACACAAUGGAGCCGAACUCUAGCGUGCAAACGAACACUACAAUGGUUCGGCUGGAAGGUCACUAUGUGGAAGGAGUGAACACGCUGGGCCUGAUCACAUGCUCCUUCUUCCUCGGAGUGACCCUGAACAAGAUGGGGGAGAAAGGAAAGAUCUUAGUGGAGUUCUUCACCAUUCUCCAAGCAACCACCAAAUACAUUGUCAACAUGGUCUUGUGGUACCUGCCAUUUGGAGUGCUCUUUAUGAUUGCGAGCAAUGUUGUCGAGGCUCGUGACUGGGAAACCACCCGCAAACUGGGAAUGUUCAUGGUUAUAGUUCUUAUUGGCCUCGUCCUCCAGGCCUUCAUUGUCCUGCCGACGAUUUAUUUCCUGGCUGUGAGGCGGAACCCCUUUCAGGUCUACCGCGGGGUUUCAACAGCCUUACUGACCGCGUUGCUCAUCUCCUCCAGCUCCGCCACGCUGCCACUCACUCUGCGAUGCUGUGUGGAGAAAAUCAAAAUGGACUACAGGAUCGCGCGCUUCAUGCUGCCCAUUGGGACCAACGUGAACAUGGAUGGAAGCGCCCUUUACGAGGUGAUCGCGGCCGUUUUCAUCGCCCAGCUGAACGACAUCCAUCUGGACGUCAGCCAGCUUAUCACCCUUGCAGUGAUGUCGGCCGUGUCCAGCCUCGGAGCGGCAGGGAUCCCCGCCGAAGGAGCGGUGACCACCCUCUUCGUGCUGUCCGCCGUGGGCCUGCCGGUGAGGGAAGCCUCCAUGCUGAUGGUGGUGGAAUGGCUGCUAGACCGCCUCAACACCGUCGUCAAUGUUUUGGGAGACUGCGUUGGCUUGGCGAUGAUUCACCACCUGUCUGAAAAGGAACUGGCAGUUAUGGACCGCGCGCAUGAGGAGAGUCUGAACAGGACGGCUGAAGCGGCUGCCGAGGAUCACCUGAGCUCCGUGGAAUCCCAGUACGCCCUGUCGGAAAUAGAAUAACUCCAAGAGUUCAGCAGCAGGAACAGGGAUGAUCCAAUGAUAACAAGUUGUGAUAUCUCUCUGAAAUUUUGUUUGUGUUUUUUUAUUUGGUGAAGCAUAUUUUGUAUUUUGAUAAAGUAUUAGUCGUAGUAGUUGAUUUUUGUCAAAGUAAUGUCUUUAAUAGCUCAUGUUAUAUGAAGAUAUUGGUCUGAUUUGAUCUAAUAGGUGUAGUGAAUUUGCAUUUAAUAAAAGUUCUAAUACUAAUACAUCCUUAACUACCAUGUGGUAUUAGAUGUAAAAGUAUUUUUUUAUUGAACUUAUGUAACAUGUGGUAAGUGAUUUUAUAUGGAUU